AUGACCACAGAGAAAUCGACAACCAUGAGCCUCGACGAGGAGAGGCAGGCUUCCGAGUCAAGACAACCGUCUAUUGAGACAUCUUUAACUGCCAAUGAUAUAGAAACGCCAGAGGUCCGCGACGAAGAAGCGAACGGAGAUAAGGCUAAAGGUGGUUUGAAGGAAGAAAAGUCUGUCGAAUACCCGAAAGGCCUGGAAAUGUUCUUCAUCAUGCUUGCGCUCGUGCUCAGCAUCACUCUCUGCUCUCUCGACCAGACUAUCGUCGCAACCGCCGUCCCCAAGAUUACCGACCAGUUCGGCCGCCUGCAAGAUAUCUCGUGGUACGGCUCUGCAUACUUCCUCACCCUCGGAGCAUUCCAGUCACUUUGGGGCAAGAUCUACAAGUUCUUCCCACUAAAAACAAGCUUCCUAGUAUCCAUCUUCAUCUUCGAACUCGGAAGCUUAAUCAGCGCUGUUGCUCGUAACUCGACGACUGUGAUUGUCGGGCGUGCUAUCGCUGGCUUAGGCGCCUCGGGUGUUGCCCCUGGGGUUUACACUAUUCCUGCUUUCAUUGCUGCGCCCGAAAAGAGAGCUACAUAUACGGGUUUCAUCGGAUUAUCAUAUGGUAUUGCUGCUGUUGCUGGGCCACUCAUUGGUGGAGGACUUACAGAUGGGGCGAGCUGGAGAUGGUGCUUCUACAUCAAUCUUCCAAUUGGCGGUCUGGCUAUUCUCGUCAUCCUUUUCACCUUCAAGACUCCAGCAGGGGUCAAGGUCGUCGACGCUACACUCAAGGAGAAGCUUUUACAGAUGGACUUUAUAGGCACGGCGUUGGUCAUGGGCGCGUCCUUGUCUUUGCUUCUGGCACUUCAAUAUGGGGGAGUUACUCAUGCGUGGAACUCAAGCGUCGUCAUCGGCUUGCUUGUCGGCUUCGUUCUGAUGAUUAUCGCUCUGAUAUUAGUAGAGUUCUGGCUGGGAGAGCGUGCAAUGUUAACCCCACGACUCAUUUUUCAAAGAACAGUUUGGGUCAACGCUGUCUGGAGCUUCUUCUUCGCUGGAUCUUACUUUAUAACCCUUUACUAUCUGCCAAUCUACUUCCAGAGCAUCGAUAACCAGAGUCCUAUCGGCUCAGGUGUACGAAACAUUCCUCUCAUCGCGCUUUUCAGCGUGGCGACAUUUGCAUCUGGCAAAGCCAUUACAAAGACGGGUACUGCGGCUCCAUAUCUGGUGGUCAGUUCGAUCAUCGUCACGAUUGCCUCCGGUCUUCUCUAUACCCUCGACAUUGGGACGUCGACGGGCAAAUGGGUUGGAUAUCAGAUCUUGGCGGGUUUUGGAUAUGGUGUUGGUCUCCAGGUUCCUGUUGUCAUUUCGCAGGCGUUCGCUGCACCCAGUGACAUGGCUCCUGUGACUUCUAUCAUCAUAUUUUCUCGUACAAUCGGCGGUACAUUCUUGAUCACCGCUGCGCAAUCUGGCUUCAUCAACCAGAUCCUUCAGAAGCUGUCCAGCACUGCGCCUACAGUUGAUCCCACCUUAGUUACAGAAACUGGCGCCACUACUCUGCGACAGAACUUCUCCGGCGCUGAGCUGAAUGGUAUCUUACAUGCUUAUGCGUGGGGCAUCAAAGUUGCUUUUGCAAUUACUAUUGCGGCUUGUGGCAUCACAGCUAUUACGAGCUUGUUUACCAAGUGGACGAAUAUCCACCAUAAGAAGCAGAGCUUAUAA